AUGGAAACAAAUUCCUCAGAUAAGCCUUUUUUUGCUACAUGUUCACAUCCAGCGGUCUUGAGAUCAAUCUGCAUCAACUGCCGACAAAAAAUUUCCGAUCAUCACGGCCUGCGAUUUGAUUACAUAAAUCGUGGUUUAAGGUUAACCAAAACUGAAGUUAAUCGGAUGCGUAAUUUCGAGACAAAUAUUCUUUUGAAGAAGAAGAAGCUAAUCUUGGUUCUUGAUUUAGAUGAGACAUUGAUUCAUACUACUCUAGAAUCAGUUUCCAAAGAAAUAGAAUCUCUGCAAGAUGUUUUUAAGGUAAAAUUGACAGGUUUUUCUUGCACUGUCAAGUUAAGGCCGUUUGUUCUUGAAUUCCUCGAACAAGCUAGUACCAUGUUCGAGUUGUACGUCUACACUAACUCUUAUCAAGCUUACGCCAAGGAGAUUGUGAAGCUGCUCGACCCUGAUAAUAAAUACUUCAAUUCAAGAUUAAUUUCGCGAGAUGACAGUACCUUAUGUGGUCGAAAGGAUCUUGACAUAGUGAUGGGGCAAGAAAGGACGGUUGUUAUUCUUGACGACAGAACCGACGUGUGGCCAAAUCACAAUGGUAAUGUGAUUCAAGUUCAGAAAUACGAGUACUUCUCUCCGACAGUCGCCAAGUCGAAGAGUAAAUCUUUUGGAGAGAGAAAAACGGAUGAAGAUAUCAAAAUAAUGAAAACAUAUUGGAAAAUUUUGAAAAAGGUACACAGUCAAUUUUUUGAUGAUAAACAUGAUCAUGAUCUUGGUAGCAGAGAUGUAAGGGGUAUUUUGAGGGAAGUUCAAGGUGAAACUGUAGUAGGAAAUAAGUCGACCGCCAAGAAUAAAGUUGCCCAUGUUUGGAUGAUGGCUAAAAAAAUGGGUGCAUGUAUUUCUCUUCAACUCUAA